CUCCCCUCUCCCAGCUCCCCUCUCUCCAUUCCCAUCUCCCCUCUGGGAGCCACCACAGCCCCACUGACAGGCUCCCGUGGCCCCUCUCCCCCCCUUUCCCCCAGCCCGGCGCGGACCCUUCCCCGCAGCGCCUCCAGUUUCGAGGGUCGCAGCGUCCCGGCCACGCCCGUCCUGGCCCGAAGCCCCUGCGCCCGCGGCCACCCCCUGGGCCGCCCCAACCCCGAGGCUCCGGGGUUGCCCCCCCGGCCCUGGUCGGGCAGCCAGGACUCGCAGCUGGGGGGGCCCCCCGCCCCUGGCCCCCCCCUCCCGACGGCCCCCCGGACCCGCCGCAGCAACAGCUCCGAGGCCUUGAUCGACUGGGGGGGCCCCCCCGCCAACGCCGACAGCACCCCCGAAGCCUCACGGGGCCCUUGGGGGGGCGGGGGCCCCCCCAACCCGCACCCCCACCCUCACCCCCCCUCGUCGGCCGAGCAGCAGCGGCGCAGCCAGAAGUGGUUGGCGCUGGAGGGGCUGCGGGACUGGUACCUGCGGCACACGGGGACCCCCCCGGCGGCCCCCCACAACAACCCCCGGGGGUCCCUGCUGCCCCCCCAUCCCCCCGGGCCGCCCGCCUGGGCCCCCCCUCCCCGACGCCGAGACCCCCCCGGCCUGCCCCACUCGCUGAGCUACGCCGGGGCCCUGGCGCCCAGGUACGGGGCACCCCGGGGGUACCGCGCGCCCCUCUUUUAGUGGGGGGGUCUGGGGCGAUGGGGGG